CCUCAUUCAUCCGCAGUAUGGCGGCGCCGGGCAGCAGCGUCCUGUGCCUCUUCGAUGUGGACGGGACCCUGACCGCCCCCAGGCAGAAAAUCACAGCAGAAAUGGCAGAUUUUCUGCAGAAGCUGCGGAAGAAGGUGAGAGUUGGAGUUGUAGGUGGUUCAGACUUUGACAAAGUUCAAGAGCAGCUGGGAGACGAUGUGGUUGAAAAAUUUGACUACGUCUUUCCAGAAAAUGGUCUUGUAGCAUACAAAGAUGGGAAAUUUUUGUGCAAGCAGAGCAUUCAAAGUCACCUGGGUGAGGACCUGCUCCAAGAUCUAAUCAACUAUUGUCUGAGUUACAUUGCAAAGAUUAAACUGCCAAAGAAAAGGGGUACUUUUAUUGAGUUCCGAAAUGCGAUGCUGAAUGUCUCCCCUGUUGGGAGAAGCUGCAGCCAGGAAGAGCGAAUUGAGUUCUAUGAACUUGAUAAAAGGGAACAUAUAAGAGAGAAAUUUGUAGCUGAUUUACAAAGAGAAUUUGCAGGAAAAGGCCUCACAUUUUCUAUAGGGGGGCAGAUAAGCUUUGAUGUAUUUCCAGACGGCUGGGAUAAGACAUACUGCUUAGGAAUUGCCUGCAACGAUGGAUACAAGACUAUCUAUUUCUUUGGAGAUAAGACCAUGCCAGGUGGAAAUGAUUAUGAAAUCUACACAGACUCUCGAACAGUAGGCCACAGUGUCACAUCACCAGAGGAUACAAGAAGAAUCUGUGAAGAGCUCUUUUUUAAAUAAAUGACUUUGUUUUCCUUUAGAUUUGACAGCAGCCAAACACUCUGUUAGCUAAAGUCAAGAAGAAAUACUAAUCCCUUCAAACAUGAAAUUUCACUUCUUUCCAGUGGUGUUUUUUCUUAAUGGUUCACAAACAGCAAAUGUCCUGUUAAUCAUACAUCACUAGUGAGAAUUCAAUGUUGAUUUGUCAAAUAUAGCAAAAUUUGUUUAGGAACAACUGUGUUGUAUUUCCAUAGACGCAAGUUUAAUUCGUGCAUCUGACGAAGUGGGUAUUCACCCACGAAAGCUCAUGCUCCAAAACAUCUGUAAGUCUAUAAGGUGCCACAGGAUUCUUUGCUGCUUUUAAGUUUAAUUCAGUUAUGUAGUGAUGUCUUUUUAAAAAUGAAUUAUCUAACUAGGAUAUGUAGAUUCAGCUGUUUUUUUCUCUGAAGUGGUACAUUGGGGAACAUAAUUGAAAACUCCUACAACUAGACAUUUUUGGCUCAAAUUAACACUACUUGAUUUAACUCCUCAUAGGCUAAAAUUAAAAAUUCACUGGCAUAUUUGAUUUCUAGCAAUGUUAGUUUUGGAUUUAGAUUUAGUGGAUUCUGUGAUAAGGGAGAAAUGACACCAUUAAGCUGAUGUGCUUUAAAAACAGGUGUAGUAAAAAAGAGGGAGCGAGACUUGUCACCUUCAACUAAAGUAAUCUUUUUGCAUCCAAAGAGGUUUUCUUACCUAAUGAAAUGGGAACUGUAGGGAAAGGCUGGCAAUUAAGAAAUGGGCAUUUUAACACUGGAAAUACUGAAAACAGACUUAAGCUACAGUGAAUUCUGCUUUCCGAUGGAAGAUCUUUAAGAAUGACCUGUAAAAGGGUGCUGGAGGGACUAAUGUAUGCCUUUCUUUCUCUUUUCCUGCUUUCUAUACUUUAUAAAGAACACUGCGGUUUUUGUUUGGGGUGGAGGUUUUUUCCCCAAGUCGUCUUGUUUUACCUGGAGGACCAAUUAGUUCCACUUCCAAUGCCAUAAACAAACAUCUCUUCCCUUCUCAGUUAAGCUGUGUUGCUAACUGCAGUUCAACCAAAUAUUUGAGCUAAAGAUCCAACAUGGCUCCCAUUGUUCUCUGUUAACUCCAGCAAAAUUAGACUUGUGCUUUAAAUAUAACAAACUGUCACAAAAGGCCCAGCACCUUUAUCUCUGUGUAAAUGAAAAUGUCUCACCCUUUACUGUGUUUUCCUUGCAAAGUGAAACUGUCACACCUAUGAGUGUAGAUAGUGGCAGUGUAGGAUAAUUAACUGACUUGAC